CGCCACAGCAGGUGACCCGGGUCGGCGGGAUCUGCGGGCCGGAGUUCUUCCGCGAGGAGGAGAUUGGCGGCCGAGGGUGCCGCUUUUCCUUAAUCUUGUCCCCGGUGGUCCUGGGUCGAGCGCUGCUCACGUCCGGCCCCGAGAAGUGAUUAAAAUGGCUUCCAGAGGAAAGACAGAGACCAGCAAACUAAAGCAGAAUUUAGAAGAACAGUUGGAUAGAUUGAUGCAGCAAUUACAAGAUCUGGAGGAAUGCAGAGAGGAGCUCGAUGCUGAUGAGUAUGAAGAAACUAAAAAGGAAACUUUGGAGCAGCUGAGCGAGUUCAACGAUUCCCUGAAAAAAAUUAUGUCAGGAAAUAUGACUUUGGUAGAUGAACUCAGUGGCAUGCAGCUGGCUAUUCAGGCAGCAAUCAGCCAGGCCUUUAAAACCCCUGAAGUCAUCAGAUUGUUUGCAAAGAAACAACCAGGCCAACUCCGGACGAGGUUAGCAGAGAUGGAUAGAGAUCUGAUGGUCGGGAAGCUGGAAAGAGGCCUGUACACACAGCAGAAGGUGGAGAUACUCACCGCUCUCAGGAAGCUUGGCGAGAAGCUGACAGCCGACGACGAGGCCUUCCUGUCUGCCAACGCAGGCGCUGCGCUCAGCCAGUUUGAGAAAGUCUCCACAGACCUAGGCUCUGGAGAUAAGGUCCUUGCUCUGGCAGGUUUUGAGGUUGAAAAAGCCAAGAAAUGACACUGGUGGUUGGCACCACCAGCCCUGUCCUUACUGCACACAACACGGUGCUU